AUGCUGAUCAGUUGGAAGGCUGAUGUCACGUCGCAGAACUUCAAAGGACAGACCCCAUUGCACAUGAGUGUUGAGUACGAUUUUUAUUUCAUCUCCAAGCUGCUGCUAGAGAAGGGCGCUAAGCGGGAGGUAGAAAAUGCUGACGGCUGCAAAGCUAUUUUGGGCAUCAGCGGUGGCAAAGAAGGGGCAGAGGCCUGGGAUGCGCCGACCAACAUCCUGAAGAAUGCCAGCAACAAAGAGGAGUUGAAUGAGGCCUUGGAAGCCUUGGAAUCAGAUCCUUCCAGCCUUGACAAAGCAAGCUUGGCGAGGGUGGGAAUGCUGAAGGCCAAGGAAAUGAAAGAAGCCUGGGACAAGCCCAGGUUCAUGGAAAUUCUGAACAAGGUGAAUUGA